CGCGUCGCCGCGUCAGCAACAGCUGUCCUGCAGCCCCGGGCCGGCCGCCACAGGGGGACAAUUACGUCCACGGUGUGGACCUUAAAACAAGACUUGCUUUUCCCUUUUUUUUUAACCCCUCCCGUUUUGGUCUUUUCCAAGUUUCGAGGAUCGAGUGGAACUACUUUUCUCACCGUGCAAGCUCUUUCUAGGGAAACCCUGGUGUGGUGGUAUCCCUUCGAGAUGCAAAGAUGGCAACCCUGCUCCCUCCCCCUGGCACCGCUCUCUUCCGCCCUUUCACCCAGGAUUCAUUGGAGGAGAUCAAGAGGCUUGCGGAGGAAGGAGAAAAGGCGGCAAAAGUAGACGCCCAUGGGGACGAAGAACCACCUACCCCACAUGCUGAUCUGGAGGCUGGCAAGAGUCUGCCCAUGAUCUUUGGUGACCCUCCACCAGAGAUGCUCAACACUCCUCUGGAGGACCUGGAUGCCUUCUACAAAGCACAGAAAACAUUUGUUGUGAUCACCAAGGGAAAUACUAUCUACAGGUUCAACGCUGAGCCGGCUUGUUACAUUCUGAGCCCCUUCAGCGUGGUCCGAAGGGGAGCCAUCAAAAUUCUCAUCCAUUCAUUAUUUAGCAUGUUCAUCAUGCUUACAAUUCUAUCCAACUGUGUAUUUAUGACGAUGAGUAACCCACCAGCUUGGAGUAAAACCGUUGAGUAUGUUUUCACUGGUAUUUAUACCUUUGAGGCAACAAUCAAGGUGUUGUCUAGAGGUUUCUGUGUUGGAUCUUUUACAUUCCUUCGAGAUCCGUGGAAUUGGCUGGAUUUCAUGGUGAUCAGCAUGGCAUACGUCACUGAAUUUGUCGACCUUGGAAAUGUGUCAGCCCUCAGAACAUUUCGUGUACUUCGAGCCCUGAAAACAAUUACUGUGAUCCCUGGUCUGAAAACGAUCGUGGGCGCUUUGAUCCAGUCAGUAAAGAAAAUGGUGGACGUCAUGGUUCUGACCGUCUUUGCACUUGCAGUUUUUGCCCUCGUUGGCCUUCAGCUUUUUAUGGGAAACCUGCGUCAAAAAUGUGUGCGAUGGCCCAUCCUGACAAAUGAAAGUUCAUUUGAAUUUCCCAACACCACCUCUACAUUUAAUGACACAUUCUUCUUCAAUGACACCAUGGCUGGCAAUGAUACCAUAUAUUCCAACAGUACUUUCAAUUUUAUUGAAUAUAUUGAAAACGCAGAGAAUCAAUAUUUUGUAGAGGGCAGCAAAGAUGCUCUACUUUGUGGUAACAGCUCCGAUGCUGGAAAGUGUCCGGAAGGAUUCACAUGCAUGAAGGCCGGGAGGAAUCCCGACUAUGGCUACACCAGUUUUGACUCUUUUGGUUGGGCUUUCCUUGCUCUCUUCAGACUCAUGACCCAGGACUUCUGGGAGAAUCUUUUCCAGCUGAUCUUACGAGCAGCGGGAAAGACAUACAUGCUGUUCUUUGUGGUGAUUAUCUUCCUGGGCUCCUUCUACCUCAUCAACCUCAUCCUGGCGGUGGUGGCCAUGGCCUACGAGGAGCAGAACCAAGCAUCUCAGCGAGAGGCCAUCGAGAAAGAGGAAGAGUUUCAGCGGCUGUUAGAGCAACUCAAAAAUCAGGAACAGGCUCAAGUCCAUGGAAGCCAAAGCACUCUGACUAGUAAGAAGUCAAUAAGUCAUCACACGGUAUCCGAGUUAGACAACGACGAGCAGCAUCUCAAACACGAUGAGAUUGUCAAGGACUGUAAUGGGAGAAUUAUCCCCCAUCUCUUGAUCAGAGCACCCACCAUGGAACAGUCUGCUGCAGAUUAUGAACUCAAAGCCCAGUCGUUGGACUCUGUGCACAGCAUGCUUUACCUGGACGAACCUGGCCUGACACAGAGAUCAGCCAGUGCUACGACUGUGCUUACAAGCAUCGCACGUGAAGAGUUGGAGGAGGCCCAGAGGCCAUGCCCACCUUGCUGGUACAAAUUUGCAGACACGUUCUUGAAGUGGAACUGUUGUGAAUCUUGGAUCGUCUUUAAAAAGUGGGUUAACUUUGUGGUGAUGGACCCCUUCGUUGACCUGGCUAUUACCAUCUGCAUUGUGCUCAAUACCCUCUUCAUGGCCAUGGAGCACUACCCCAUGACCGCGGAGUUUGACAACAUGCUCUCAGUUGGGAAUCUGGUUUUCACUGGGAUCUUCACUGCAGAAAUGGUUUUCAAGCUUAUUGCCAUGGAUCCUUACUACUACUUCCAAGUUGGCUGGAACAUUUUCGAUAGCAUCAUUGUCUCUCUCAGUCUGGUGGAGUUGGGACUAGCAAAUGUCCAGGGUCUGUCAGUGCUGAGGUCCUUCCGUCUGCUUCGUGUCUUCAAACUGGCAAAGUCCUGGCCCACACUCAGUAUGCUGAUCAAGAUCAUUGGUAACUCGGUGGGAGCUCUAGGAAACCUCACCCUUGUCCUGGCCAUCAUUGUCUUCAUCUUUGCCGUUGUGGGGAUGCAACUCUUCGGAAAGAGCUACAAGGACUGCGUGUGCAAGAUCUCCGAAGACUGCGAGCUGCCACGCUGGCACAUGCAUGACUUCUUCCACUCAUUUCUCAUCGUGUUCCGCAUUCUCUGCGGGGAGUGGAUUGAGACGAUGUGGGACUGCAUGGAGGUGGCUGGACCUGCCAUGUGCUUAGUGGUCUUCAUGAUGGUCAUGGUCAUUGGAAAUCUAGUCGUGCUGAACCUGUUCCUGGCCUUGCUGCUCAGCUCCUUCAGCGGGGACAACCUCUCUACGGGGGACGACGACGGAGAGUUGAACAAUCUCCAGAUCGCCAUCGGCCGGAUUACGCGGGGCCUUGACUGGCUGAAAGCGUUUGCCGUUGGAAAGAUCCUGCAGAUGCUCGGCAGGGAGCCCAAGGAGCCGGACGAGGGCCCGCCGGAUGACGCCAACCCCAAAAGUGAAGAAAUUGAAAUGAACCAUUUGGACGCCUGUGAGACUGUAAAGAUGGCAGACGGGAUACUGGAUUGCGACGUUGACAAGCAGCCCUGCAGACUUACUGUGGAUGGAGAGUUCAGUCUCAGUGUGCCGAUCGCCGAGGAAGAAUCAGACUUUGAAGAUCUGAGUGAAUAUGAGUAUGAGGACGAUGAUGCAGAUGAGGCUGAAAACACAGAGAUCACAGAUGACGGAAAAGAUCAGCAGAAUACACUGAUGGGUGCUCUGAACGACGACGACUCUUCAGUGUGCAGCACAGCGGACUAUCAGCCAUCCGAGCCUGAACCAGAAGAAGAGGAAGAGGAAGAAGAAGAGCCCGUGGAACCAGAGGCCUGCUUCACUGAAAACUGCGUGAGGAGCUGGCCGUGUCUGACGGUGGACAUCACUCAGGGCAAAGGCAAAAAAUGGUGGAAUCUCCGUAAGACCUGCUUCACCAUUGUGGAGCACGACUGGUUUGAAACCUUUAUCAUCUUCAUGAUCCUCCUGAGCAGCGGAGCUCUGGCCUUUGAAGACAUUUACAUAGAGGAGCGCCGGACCAUCAAAAUCAUUCUGGAGUUUGCAGAUAAGGUUUUCACCUACGUCUUUGUCAUUGAGAUGAUCCUUAAAUGGGUGGCAUAUGGUUUCAAGACCUACUUCACAAACGCUUGGUGUUGGUUGGACUUUUUCAUUGUGGAUAUUUCUCUGAUCAGUUUAGUUGCCAACUGGAUGGGCUUCUCUGACCUUGGACCAAUCAAAUCUCUCAGAACUCUCAGAGCACUGAGGCCUCUUCGAGCGCUGUCCAGAUUUGAAGGGAUGAGGGUGGUGGUGAACGCUCUUGUCGGAGCGAUUCCCUCCAUCUUCAAUGUGCUGCUGGUGUGUCUGAUUUUCUGGCUCAUCUUCAGCAUCAUGGGAGUUAAUUUGUUUGCCGGGAAGUUCUACCGCUGCAUCAACACCACCACGGAGGAGCUUUUGCCCAUGUCUCAGGUCAACAAUCACAGCGAGUGCAUGGCUGUGAAAGAAGCCACACAGGAGGCCCGCUGGGUCAACGUCAAAGUCAACUAUGACAAUGUUGGACAAGGCUACCUGUCCCUGCUGCAAGUGGCAACUUUUAAAGGUUGGACGGACAUCAUGUAUGCAGCUGUGGACUCUAGGGAGGUUGGGGAGCAGCCGUCCUACGAAAUUAACCUUUAUAUGUACUUAUACUUUGUUAUCUUCAUCAUCUUUGGCUCUUUUUUCACCUUAAACCUCUUCAUUGGUGUUAUUAUUGACAAUUUCAACCAGCAAAAGAGAAAGUUUGGAGACAAAGACAUCUUUAUGACUGAGGAGCAAAAAAAAUACUAUGAAGCCAUGAAGAAACUUGGCUCCAAGAAGCCACAGAAGCCAAUUCCACGUCCGACGAACCUGAUCCAGGGCAUGGUGUUUGACUUCAUCAGUCAGCAGUUCUUUGACAUCUUCAUUAUGGUGCUCAUUUGCCUCAACAUGGUCACCAUGAUGGUGGAAACAGAUAACCAGAGUGCAGAGAAGGACGAUUUUCUCUUUAAACUAAAUGUGGCCUUCAUCGCCGUCUUCACUGGAGAGUGUGUGCUGAAGCUCUUUGCACUGCGGCAGUACUUCUUCACCAACGGCUGGAACGUUUUUGAUUUCAUCGUGGUCAUCUUGUCUAUAGCUGGUACAAUGCUCUCAGACAUAAUUGAGAAGUACUUUGUGUCACCAACUCUCUUCAGAGUGAUUAGACUGGCCAGGAUCGGCAGGAUUCUGCGUCUUAUUAAAGGAGCUAAGGGUAUUCGGACACUUCUCUUUGCUCUGAUGAUGUCACUUCCUGCCUUAUUCAACAUUGGCCUUCUGCUUUUCCUCAUCAUGUUCAUAUUCUCCAUCUUCGGAAUGUCAAACUUUGCCUACGUGAAAAAGCAGGCUGGAAUCGACGACGUUUUUAAUUUUGAAACGUUUGGCGGUAGCAUUAUCUGCUUGUUUCAGAUCACGACAUCGGCCGGCUGGGAUGGACUUUUACUUCCCAUGUUGAACAGGGAGUAUCCGGACUGCGAUCCCAACUUUGAAAAUCCAGGCACGGAUGUAAAGGGUAACUGUGGCAACCCAGGCAUGAGUAUGAUGUUCUUCUGCAGCUACAUCAUCAUUUCCUUCUUAGUGGUGGUCAACAUGUACAUUGCCAUCAUCUUAGAGAACUUCAAUGUGGCGCAGGAGGAAAGUGGUGAUGCACUCUGUGAGGAAGACUUUGAGAUGUUCAAUGAAACCUGGGAAAGGUUUGACCUAACUGGAGCUAUGUUCAUUGAGUAUAGCCAGCUCUCAGAUUUUUGUGACGCCUUGCAGGAGCCGCUGAAGGUUGCUAAGCCCAACAAGCUUCGCCUGAUUGAAAUGGAUUUGCCCCUCGUUAUCGGAGACAGGAUCCACUGCCUGGAUGUUCUGUUGGCUGUUACACAGUUGGUACUUGGAGACACGGUGGAGAUGGCAGCGAUGCGGAAGAGCAUUCAGGCUAAGUUCAUCCUAAGCAACCCCACCUCAGACUCCUUUGCUCCAAUAACCACAACGGUGCGCCACAAAGAAGAGAAGAUGGCUGCCAUCAUCAUUCAGAGUGCUUACCGCACCCAUCUUCUGAGGCGCUGCGUCCAUCACGCUGCUUUCAUGCACCGAUCAAAGAGGGGGAGGAAGGAUGAAGGGGAAGAGCCGCCGGAAAAAGAGGGGUUGCUUGCACGAAGGAUGGGGAUUCUCUAUGGGAGUAAUGCAGACCUUGCUGAGGAAAUGGAUCAAGAGGCUUCAGAGACUCUAGCAAGCGAGCAGCAUCUUAACCCCGAGAAUCUGUCACUUGAAGCGGCGCAGAGUGGUCAGGAGCCUCCUGAGCCAAUUAGGAUUGUGGUUCCUGUAGAAAUUACUAAUGAGGUCUUACUACAUUCUGCCCCCGACCGUCAUCUUUUGACCUCCCAAGCAAACCUGAAGGAGUCGGUUGUAUAACAAACUGUUCAAGAUAAUCAUGUCUCCCCCCUGUUGUUUUGCACCAGUAAACCAGAGUACUAAUUAACACAAAGUGUCACUAGUUUUCCACGUUAGACGAACAAAUUACGCGAUCCUAACAGAUGUUUAGAUGUGUUUAUUUUUGUCUCUAAUUCUAGCCAAUAAAUGUGGCCAGAGUUUGACAAUGUAGGAUGAAAUAUCACUGUGGACCAGAAUCUGUGAUAUAGUUGAUUUUAUAACACAACCAUGAAGCUGCAAGGUAAAGGAAGCUUACUCACCAUAUCUCAUUGAUGGUUCUUGUCCAGAAGACAGAGGACUGAACACCAAUGUAUUUUUUAAUAAUGUACCAUAAUGGUUGAAGCCUUUAUUUAGGUCAGCGAUAGCUUUGCUUGUGAACUGGCUUGUACCGGGAGUACAUCUGUUACUGAAGAGGAGCAUGAACGUCACACGGCAGAAUCGGAGUCUUCCUCCAUUGGUGUACAGGAUUUAAAGAUGUCUAUGAAAUGCACAGAGUUUACAAGUUUCAGGAGCAAGCUACUGUAAUCAAGGGUUUUGACUUUUGAGUCGAAACUCCAAGUUUGUAUUUUUGUCUUACAACUGCCUCAGUUUUAAUUUAAUGAAAUUCAUUUUGUCCAUGGCUUUACAAUUUAAUUUGUUGAUUCUUUUCAUCGGAUAAGAAUAUUAAGGUUUUUUUACAGGUAUGUCAAGUAUUUAAAAAACCUAAAUAUUCUUGUCCGACGAAAAGAAUCAACAAAUUAAAUUGCCUCAGUUUUAUAAAAAACACAUCACCACAUCCUCAUGAAAGCCAGGUCGAAUCUCAGCUUGUUCCCGUUUUAAAUGACAUUUGCAGUCACCACAUUUGUUUCAAUCUGUAAAACUGUUAUCCAAUUGUUCCCCCCCCUGCUCUCCGUAGUCAUUUGUGUGUGUUUGUGUUUCCCCCUAUUUCUUGUAAUUGGAUACUAAACAACUUUACAUGGAAAAUGUACUUUGUAUACUUUAUAUCGUCACCUCCACGACACGUAUCGGAACGUCUGACGUCACGUUGACACGUUGACACUAUAUGUAAAUGAUUAACUUCAAAAAUGAGAUAUAUUUUACAAGAUUACCAGUUAUUACAGUACCUAAUGGGAUUAACAUCCGUUCCUGAUGAGCUUCUUUAAAAAAGCACUUUUUACAGUGGAAAGAAAAGCAUGUGAACUGUUUGGAAAUGACUGCUUCUCUGCAUUAUUAUUCAUUAUUAUGCCACAUCAUGUGAUCAGCUCUUGUUAGCCACAAUAAUAGACAAACAAUGUGCUUAAAGGAAUAUUCCAGUGUUGCAUUAACCCGGGGUUUAUUACUAGGGCAGGGGUCGGCAACCCGUGGCUCUAGAGCCGCAUGCGGCUCUUUAGCGCCGCCCUAGUGGCUCCUGGAGCUUUUUCAGAGCUUUUUCUUUUCCUUUUUUUCUUAUUUUUUUUCUUUUUUUUCUUUUUUUCUCUUUUUUCCUUUUUUUCUU